ACCAGUGUAAUACUUAACUGAGUUGUCGCAAUUUGCCGACAUGAGUGCCAUGUUGUCGACGUCGACGCGUGCGGCCUCUGGCCUCCGUACUGGUCACACGGAGCGCGCUUGCGUGCCGAUCAUGGCCGUUGCCUUGCCGCGCAAGGUAAUGUCGGCCCGGCGCGUUGCUCGGACGGAGAAGGCUACUCUUGCAUCGAUGCCAGUGACAGCAGAUGCUGUUGUUGCACCCCCGAAAAUCGUCCACACAAUCACUGCGGAGCAGUACCAUGACUUCCUAGCAGAGCAUUCCGACAAGCUCGUCACCAUGGACUUCUACGCAGUAUGGUGCGGUCCAUGCAAGAUGAUAGCGCCCGAGCUGGAGCGAAUGGCAGCGGAAAGCGACCCCUCUAAGCUGGUGUUUGCCAAGCUUGAUUGCGGCGCCACGAACGAGUCGAAGAAGCUGGCCAUGUCAUUGGGGAUCAAGGCCCUGCCGACCUUCCACUUGUACAAGAACUCAAAAAUAGUAGAUACGAUGACCGGUGCUAAGGUCAAGAGCCUGGCGGACCUCAUCAAUAAGCAUUUGUAGGGGGUAUCAGGAGAAGAAGAAGAAGAAGAGUGAAAUGUGUAUUAAAGUAUAUCACCGGGAUUUUGUCAAUUAUGGGGAUCAGAAACGCCUGAUGCCUGAAAAGCGAGACACACAAGAGCCGCAAGUGGCAGCGCCAUUGUGUGGAGAUGGUUUGAUUUUGUCAUGAUCGUGGUUGAGCUCCCAUGUCCCUGGGGCCUUUUUGAUAAUCAACCUAGCUUAAUCAUCGGACGACGACGGCAUGUAUAUAGUAAUGCUGUCAAGCACCCGGCGGUAGAUGUCCCAGCGGAGGAGUAUGGUUCAAGGGGCGACCACAGCCGACUGACCCUUUGUACGGCGGUUGGUUGCCGGAUCGCUUUCUGUUUCACGGACGUUGUAGGUAAGCCUGUUUUAAUCCUGUAGGAGUGAUAAGGACAUGUACGGCAUCUGUCUUUGCUUGGCAUCUCAGUCUUUUGUACAUUUAAUAGCGACACAAAGCUAGUCUGCGACAUCUAAGAGGUACCGAACGUAGUGGUUCGGAGCGAAUGCGUGUCUAUUUUAUGUAUGUACGAUAUGUGAUGUCACGUCCUUGAAAGGGUGUUGAGGAGGGCGGAUCUAUCCGUGCCGUGCUUGCCGUGACGGGAUGUUGCCUGAGCAGGACAUGCCCUCGUCAGUGUGUGUGUUAUCAGCAUGUUGCGUUUGGUCACCUCUACAGUGGCGUCACUCGCGGGGUUUUUUAUUGCGUGUUUGAAUCGCGUACUGCAUCAUUGUCAUCGGCAUGUCUGGUGUUGCGAAUUCAGCUGGUGUGCGAGUUCAGCUCCGCAUUGCAGCUCGCCUGCCGCUGCCGUUGCUGCUGUUGCUGUUCCCGCACUUCUUUGUGGGUGCUGUUGCUGCUGUUGCUCUGUGUGUGUGUGUUUUAUGGUUGCGAAAGAGGGAAAUGUUUUCUUCCUGAAUGCGGCGUGCAUGGAUGAUGUUCUAGGGAUGUUGUUCUAGGGACCAGCGUUGCAGGUGACGUUGUCGAUAGCUUCGCGGACAAACCCCCCAUGCGUGGAUUUACAUACACGCAUACAUGCGUGUGCUGCUGUUUCGAGGGAGCGGGUGUUGAUCGGUUUUGAGGCGGGAAGAAGAGGAAGAGAGAAAGUGAUGGAGGGGGAUAUGCGCACCGUCACCACACUGCACCGCACGCCAUUACUUGUGGCCGUUGUCUGUCGGCCGCUUGACCCCCGGAGGAGUCCAUCAAGCGGGGAAGUGCCCGGAGCGCUUUCCCAAAAUGUUAGGUGUCGCAAAAGGCCUUCCAUAUGUUGUGGAAUUGCGUUCUAGCUUGAUGGCUGAUCUUUUUGCGUUAAAGAGUCCCCCCUCCUCCUGUUGUGAGGGGGCUUUUCCGUACCCCGCCAUUCUUUGGCUGGUUAAAGGUGUGAGAGAUGGUGAUGCGGUGAUAUGUGUCGUACCGCGUGACGAAUGAUACAGUGAUGCAGCUCUUGGGAGCCAUCGUCGCAUUCGGAAAAUGCGGGCAAGCGAGCCGUCGCUAUAGCGCCAGUACAUAAGCCCUUGCCAGGUCUUCCAGUCUGCGUGCGGCGGCAAGCUAGGCGUGGAGCUGGAACAGCAAAACCUCCUCUGUCUCAAAUGCUAAAUGCUAAUGAGGUGAUUACCACUCCCCCUUGCUGCCCAGACUCUGGCCCUUGUAACAUUUCUAUUUG